AUGUCACGGAAACACUUCUUCUCAAACCCGGAAGGGAUCGUAGUGAAUAUGCUACAAUCCCUCUGCACACGAAACGCCCACAUGGCCCUCGAUGAGCCAAACCGCGUAGUCUACAACCUUUCUCACCCACCCAACCAAGUCACUGUCGUCUCAGGAGGCGGCUCAGGUCACGAGCCCGCUUGGUCUGGCUUUGUGGGUGACGGUAUGUUGUCUGCAGCUGUAUGUGGCGACAUCUUUGCAUCGCCGAGUACCAAGCAAAUCAUGGCGGGUAUUAGGAAUGUACCAAGUAAUGAGGGUGUGAUUCUAUGCAUUACAAACUACACGGGUGAUAUGCUGCACUUUGGACUCGCGAGGGAAAAGGGACAGGCACUGGGCUACAAGGUCGAUGUUGUGUGUAUGGGAGAGGAUGCAGCACUGGGAAGGCAAAAGAGUGGCAAGGUUGGGAGGAGAGGGUUGGCUGGUAAUUUGUUGGUCAUCAAGCUCAUCGGUGCUGCAUCACAGAAAGGCUGGGCUUUUGAGAGGUGUAGGAAGAUUGGAGAACUAGGCAAUUCACAGCUAGUCACGAUCGGAACGAGUUUGGACCAUUGCCACGUACCAGGACGAGAAGCUUUUGAAGCCGUUCCCGAUGAUUCGUGUGUGUUGGGUAUGGGUAUCCACAACGAGCCUGGCCUGCGAACGAUAUCACCAAUGCCUAGUCCAGAGGACAUUGUCAAGGAGAUGUUGAAAUUCCUCCUCGACCCGAACGACUCCGACCGCGCAUUCGUACCGUUCUCCCCCUCUGACAACAUUGUCAUGCUUGUGAACAACUUUGGUGGACUCUCUGGCCUCGAAUUCGAUGCUCUGACAAAUUUGGCCCUCAAAGUGCUUAAGCGCGACUGGAACAUUGUGCCAACACGCAUCUAUGCUGGUAUCCUUGAGACAUCACUGAAUGGCCAAGGCUUCAGCAUCACUCUAGGCAACAUGUCUGGCAUGGCAAAGGCCAUGGAUCUCAAGGACGAAGAAGUCAUCGAACUGCUCGAUGCACCUACGAACGCACCGGCAUGGCCCAAGAAUGGAUACCGCCCCAUCACCGUCAGCAAGGAGACCGAAGUACUUCGCAACAAAGCCAAUGCUGCAGCAGGAGACAAGUCUGCCCUCCACAAAGGUCCCGCAACACCCGCAUCCUUCAUUCCCGCUAUGCGAAAAGCAUGCACUGCUGGUCUCCAAGCCGAACCUAUGAUCACACAAUACGAUCUCCAAAUGGGCGACGGCGACUGCGGAGAAGCCGUAGCCGGAGUGUGCAAAUCCAUUCUCGCCAACAUCUCGGCCGUAGAAUCAAACCCGCCACCCAUCCUCGCCCUACUCGAAAGCAUCAGCGAGAAUGUGGAAGAUGUAGGCGGCUCUCUUGGCGCCAUCCUCUCCAUCCUCGUCACUGCCUUCACAAACGCCCUUUCCAUCCAAACACUAUCCAACAAUGCACCCCUCGACAUCAGCUCCAUUGCCACCGCCGCCAAGGCUGCCCUUGACAACCUGCAAAACUACACAGCUGCACGCGAGGGCGACAGAACGGUCAUGGAUGUGCUGAUUCCGUUCAUUAGGACGUUGGCGGAGACGAAGGAUUUUGCAAAGAGCGUGGAUGUUGCGGAGAAGAAGGCGGAUGAGACCAAGGAUAUGAAGGCCAAGUUUGGGCGGGCGACGUAUAUUGGGGAUGAGGGGGAUAGGAGUAAGAUUCCGGAUCCGGGGGCGUACGCCGCGGGUGUAUGGUUAAGGGGGUUGGAGAGGGGGUUUGGGGGGUCGUAG